AUGACGGUGGAGGUAGGUGGCGGCAGUGGCGAUGGUGGUGGUGGGGGCGGUAGCAGCGGCGACGGUGGUCGGAGGUGGCGGUGGAUGGUGGCGGUUGAUAGCGGUGGUAACGUUGGGUGGUGGCGGUGGGGGGUGGCGGUGAUCGGAGGUGGCAGUGGCAAUGGUGGCGGCGAUGAUCGAAGGUGGGUGGUGGCGAUGAUCGGAGGUGGCAGUGGCGACGGUGUGUGGCAACGACGGCGGUGGCGGGGACAGAGGUGGGUGGCGGCGGUAGGUGGUGGCAGCGGCGGUGGCGGGUGGCGGCGGAGGUGGGGCCCCUUGAUUUUAUCUCUUGUGCGCGCUACUCCUUUGGUGGAAGCCAAGGAUGGCACCCCCUUUAACGGAGGCGGGAUGGUUUAA